AUGAGCAGCAAACUAAAGCUCCCCAUAGUGUGGUACAACAAAUAUAUUUACAUAAGAGUAACUGGCGAGAACAUAAGAGUAACUGGCGAGAACAUAAGAGUAACUAACGAGAACAUAAGAGUAACUGGCGAGAACAUAAGAGUAACUGGCGAGAACAUAAGAGUAACUAACGAGAACAUAAGAGUAACUGGCGAGAACAUAAGAGUAACUGGCGAGAACAUAAGAGUAACUGGCGAGAACAUAAGUGUAACUGACGAGAACAUAAGAGUAACUGGCGAGAACAUAAGUGUAACUGACGAGAACAUAAGAGUAACUGGCGAGAACAUAAGAGUAACUGACGAGAACAUAAGAGUAACUGGCGAGAACAUAAGAGUAACUGACGAGAACAUAAGAGUAACUGGCGAGAACAUAAGAGUAACUGGCGAGAACAUAAGUGUAACUGGCGAGAACAUAAGAGUAACUAACGAGAACAUAAGAGUAACUAACGAGAACAUAAGAGUAACUGACGAGAACAUAAGAGUAACUGGCGAGAACAUAACAGUAACUGACGAGAACAUAAGAGUAACUGACGAGAACAUAAGAGUAACUAACGAGAACAUAAGAGUAACUGACGAGAACAUAAGAGUAACUGGCGAGAACAUAAGAGUAACUGGCGAGAACAUAAGAGUAACUGGCGAGAACAUAAGAGUAACUGGCGAGAACAUAAGAGUAACUGGCGAGAACAUAAGAGUAACUGGCGAGAACAUAAGAGUAACUAACGAGAACAUAAGAGUAACUAACGAGAACAUAAGAGUAACUGACGAGAACAUAAGAGUAACUAACGAGAACAUAAGAGUAACUGACGAGAACAUAAGAGUAACUGGCGAGAACAUAAGAGUAACUAACGAGAACAUAAGAGUAACUGACGAGAACAUAAGAGUAACUAACGAGAACAUAAGAGUAACUGACGAGAACAUAAGAGUAACUGGCGAGAACAUAAGAGUAACUAACGAGAACAUAAGAGUAACUAACGAGAACAUAAGAGUAACUGACGAGAACAUAAGAGUAACUGGCGAGAACAUAAGAGUAACUAACGAGAACAUAAGAGUAACUAACGAGAACAAAAAGAACAGAACAUUUCUGUUCAAGUUGAGGGGUUUCCCGGCUUAA